GUCUUGAGAAAAGACACCUGGUGCCUCUGAGCCUGGCUAUGAGCAUCGAGCUUGAGACCUUCCUUGGAGACUGGAAGGAUUCCUUCGGGAAUGAUGUCGAAGUCGACUGGUCCAAACCCGGAAGCCGUGGUGGGCAGCUCAGCGUGGUGCUGACCAAUCCACGUAGCAGUCGUCCACCAAUCCGAUUAGAUGUGAAGUCUACCGGAGGUCGCUUUACAUGUGGCCACUACGACCUGGACUUUGAGAAAAGUAAUGAGGACAGCAUUGUUUGGUUGGAUACCCGACGAAGUGGCAAGAGCUCUGUGUGGAGACGUGAUGGAGUGGGGUCAAGGCGGAGCCGCAGCCGCAGCCGGAGCUACGAGAGGAAGCGCUUGGACUCAGCUCGAGUGUCAGGCAGAAGAGGCAGCCGCAGUGGGAGUCGUGGCCGAGGCAGAAGCCGGCAGGAUCCUGAGGCUGCGCCCGGGAAUUGGGGAGCAUCGAGAUAUGGCUUGCCAUCACCAGCCGUUUACUGGGCGCAAGCUGCUCCUGGAUGGGUUCCACCGGAAGUUCCCCGAUCGGCCGUCGCAUCGGAAGGCCCUACUCCUGGUGCCUGGGUACCUCCAAGCAUGGAGAAACGGGAAAGCUCAGAAUCAGUGCCAAACAUCCCACUGGCACUUCCAGCCCCAGAAGAGCCAGCAGGUGUGGAAGAAGACAUUUUAGGUGCACCUUUGAUGCCCAUAGCUCGAGCAGCUCCAGUAAAAGUUCUUCCACCGCCACCCUUGGUGGAUGAGAUGGAGGAGUUUGACAAGCUGCUUUUGCAGUUGGAGGGUGGCAGCAAUGGUGGCAGUUCGGGCACACAACGGAUGGCCAAGGAGCGAACAGAUGCGAGUAAGAAGAGGGACAAGAUGGACAAGCCGCCAACAAACAUUGAGCAGCAGAAAGUGGAAGAAGAGAAAGCGCGCGCAGAGAAGGAACAAAGAGACAAGGAGAUGAGGGAUAAGGAGCAGAAAAAAGCACAGCGAGAAAAAGAUGAGCGAGAGAAGAGGCAGCAAGAACUUGAGGCCAAGAAGCAGCCAAAGCAAACAGUGAAACCAAAGACGCUGGCAGCACAAAGUUCUUUGGCUGUCAAACUGGAGUUGGUUGAAGACCUGGACAAGGACGAUGCGAAACCGCCCGCUGCAGCUUCGGCAGGUGCUGCACAUGUAACUGCUGUAGCUCAGCCAGAUACAGCUCGCGAUCCAAGGAGAAGACCAUCGCCGUCUGAUCUGAGACAGGAGUCUCAUGAAGAUGAGGAAGCCACACUGAAAGUCUUGGUGGAUCCGUAUUUGGCACCUCAAGAUUCGGCACUUUCAGUUGAAGUACUAAGCCAACCCAAAGCGGUGCCAAAGCCGGUGCCUAAAAGGCGCAGAUUGGUUGCACCCAAGAAGGCAAUUGCAAAAUACCCACCAGCGCCAACGACUCCAAUGACUCCGAUGACACCUGUCAUCUCACAAAGUGAGCAGGAGAAAAAACUGCUCGAGAUCAAGCAGCUCCUACAAAAGGAAACUCAGUCACUGGAGUCUUCCCCCAUGGCCCCACCUCCGCCACCAGCGCCUCCCCCGGUUGGUGCACCGCCGGCGAGCCCAGCUGUGCCCAUGGCCCCGAUGACUCCGCGGACUCCAAAUGCUACGCCAGAGGACGAAGCUCAGGAACGGCGACUCAUGGCCUACUCCAUGCUGCUACUGGGUGGGGAGGAGGAUGCCGAGGAGCAAGCACCCUGGAAGAAGCAAAAACGCCGACGCGCUGUCGGCGUAGAACUGUGAGCGCCCAGUCAGGUUGAGAAGUCAGCUUACUGCAUCAGAAAACGCAAGCAACUAACAAAGCAUUGAACGAAGCUGCAGUGUGGGCAGAAUCAAUCUGACAGUAAGUUGACUCUUCAACAACAAACCAGGAGGGCUGCUGCAGUGUGUAUGGUCAAAGUACCACUCCGAC